AUGAGCGGACGUGGCGGACGUAACUGUGGACGUGGAGGCGACCGCGGCGGUGGACAUGACAACAUCGUCAUGACUCAAGCAGAUUUGACUGACCUGAUUAACACACGCGUGGCUGAGGCUUUGGCAGCUCAGCAAGCUGGUACGAACAACAACAACAACGCAGGGAACAACAACAAUGGGAGUAACGGUGGGAAUGGCGCACGCGGGAGAGCAUUUACUAUAGGGGCAGGUGAUGCAAGAAACGAUGGCAAUGUCAUGACUGGUACGUUCUCUAUCAAUGGUAUUUUCACUACUGUAUUAUUCGACUUUGGUGCCGACUGGAGUUAUGUGUCUUUGGGGUUCAGUCAUCAGUUAGGGUUAACUCCAACACCUCUCGAAAUCAAACACGUGGUGGAACUGGCUGAUGGUAAGUCAGUAGAAGCCUCACAUGUGCUUUUAGAGUGUAAACUCAAUCUUCUGGGUCAAGUGUUCGACAUUGACCUUCUCUCCAUCAGUCUUGGUAGCUUUGAUAUAGUUGUUCGUAUGGAUUGGUUGUCAAAACACCGAGCCGAUAUAAUUUGCAAAGAGAAAAUCGUGCGUAUACCCCUCCCUAGUGGGGAAUCGUUAUCUGUCCAGGGUCAUCGAAGUGGUGCAACCGUCAGCAUCAUUUCAUCCAUGAAAGCCCAGAAAUGUUUACGAAAGGGCGACCCUACUAUUUUAGCACUUGUUACUAUUACUUUGUCUGAAGAAAAGAAAAUUGAAGAUUUACCUGUUGUUCGUGAAUUUCCUAACGUUUUUCCCGAGGAACUUCCAGGUCUACCUCCAAACCGUCAGGUGGAAUUUCAAAUUGAUCUUACACCAGGAGCAGAUCCGAUUACUCGUGCACCUUAUCGUCUUGCACCUAGAGAGUUGCAAGAAUUGCCUAAUCAACUCCAAGAACUCUCAGCAUCCAUUCUAAUUUACCUGAUCAUCCGUUCUGCUCAAACUGAAGCAUUGAAAGGGGAAAACAUCAAAGCUGAGAAUUUGUGGGGCAUGGAGAAACGACUCGUAGAGAUAUCUGACGACAUUUACUAUUUUAUGGAACGAAUAUAG